CAUAAUUUACUUUUAUUUCUAACAUGACUUAUUAAUUAAUAUACAAUAAAAAUAUUAAAAACCAUAUAAUUAUAAUUAGUGGUUUCAUGUUUCCUCUUUAAUUAUUUUGCGUCCUCCCUUGGCUGGGUUACUUGACCGUCUUCCUCUUCCCAUAUAUUUUCCCGGAAAAAACUGGCUGGAAAAUCACCGACCCAAGCUGACACCCAACAAGACCCAUUACCCCAAUCGCAGAUCUACGCCUUCUUCUCCUUUCAAUUUGUCUUUUUUUUUUUUUUUUUUUUUAUCUCUCUAAAAUUUCUAAAUCAAUUUCACGCAUUGAUGUCAGAGACUCCGAUUCAAUUGGAUAUGGAUUAGAUUCUGUUUUUUGGAACGAUGCAGACCGAAAAAGACUCGAAUGGGAAUCUUGAUUGCGGCUACGAUAUAUUCUGCAAUGGUUAUGGUGACGAUUGCAAGAUGGUAGAUCGAGCCCAAGGCUAUAACAGAGAGGCAACCAACCCGAUGUCUUUUUCUGCCAAAUUAUUUCCGGUCACCUCCUCCUCACCAUCAUCUCCAUCGUCGCAAUCGUUGCCUUCUUCUUAUUCUCCUGGUGUUGGCUUUAUUGAACAUCGGGUCUCAAAGCUUGAUACUCUUGCUGGUGUUGCCAUAAAGUAUGGCGUUGAGGUUGCCGACAUAAAAAAGAUGAACGGCCUUGUUACAGAUCUGCAGAUGUUUGCUCUCAAGUCACUCCAGAUUCCAUUACCAGGGAGACACCUUCCCUCUCCUUGUUUAUCAAAUGGUUCCUCUGCAGCAGGCAAUUCUGGCCAGACCUCACCGCACCAGCACUUUGAUAUCUUUGACUCAUUCCAGUCUCUAAAACUGAGUUCUUCGCAGCGGAAGGUUUCCCUUGCCAUGAGCUCUUUACAAGGAUACUAUAAGCUUAAACCAUCAGAUCAGAAGACCCCUUUUGAAGGUUCUGAAAUGGCAUUUCAAAAGAAAGGAAGGGCUCAUUGUCUGGAAGAUAGCCCAUUCCUUGUGCCCUUGCCAUCAUGUAACCCUCCUUUAAGCCUCCACCGAAAGUCAAGAAGCUUAGCAAAUGGUCUUGACGAGAACGGUGAAUUUACUGACUUCACUGACACCAUGCACGUUGCAGAGGCUGGGGAAUGCAACUCUGACAAAUGGAAAGAAAAACUGGUAAGAAGGCGUCAGAAAUCUGAGGCUGACUUUACUUCCCACACCCCAGAAAUGCUGUUGGAGGAUAACAGUGGCGGGAGUGGCUUUUCAGCAAUAACUGGAAAAGGUCUAGCGCUGCGAUCUAAAGCAGCAAGCCGAAUUAGUUUGGCCGCAGAUUCUGAAGCAGCUAGUGGUUCGAAUGUUAUACCAACAAACCUGAUUGAUUCUCUUGUGGUUGAUGGAUUUUUUGGAGUGAGGAAGUCAUCAAGCACCUCGAGUUUACAAGAUCAGGACAGUAACAACCGGUCAACGGUAAAGAGGAGUUCGAAGCCUGAUUUGCCGUGCAUGUCAAGUGGAGCCAUAACAAGACCAAUUUUUGAUGGAUUACCAAAGCCAUUAACUGGGCGGAGAAACAAAGCUGCGCUUGAUUAGUUGAGGUUGGUGCCAUCAUACUAAUAAUAUUCUAUUUUUGAUCCACAUUGCAGGCAUGCAAUUUGUCACAUGAUGAGAAAGGUAAAUAGAUAGCAUAGAAGACAAGAAAGAAAGAAAUCAAAUGAUACAAACUUAGUCAAAAUGAAAAAGAUGUUUAUAUCCGACUUAAAUAAUUUAUUGUUGUUUUUUUCCCCUUUAAUUUUUCAACUCUGAGGAACUGCUGGACCCACCUUAGUUUUAGACGAAGAACUGAGAGCCUUCUGGAGGUACACACAGGAUUAUAUAAGAUGUAUGUAUGUAUGUAUGUAUGUAUGCAGGAGUGGUCGUCAUCAUUCAUGGUUCAUUCGUAACAGUGUUAAUUAGGGAACAGGGAGUCUGUUUGGAUAUACCGGGUUCGUGCCAUUUUAAUGGAAAGUUUACACCUUUAUGAGAUCU